GGGGCGGGCACAGCGGGUCCCUCCCGGCGGCCGUCGGGGCGCGCGUGCGCUCGGUGUGGCGGGGUGGGCACGCGGCGGGGCCAUGGCGGACUAUCUGAUCAGCGGCGGCACCGGCUACGUGCCCGACGACGGGCUGACGGCGCAGCAGCUCUUCAGCUGCGGCGAUGGGCUCACCUACAACGAUUUCCUCAUCCUCCCGGGGUACAUCGACUUCACGGCGGACCAGGUGGACUUGACCUCGGCGCUGACCAAGAAAAUCACCCUGAAGACCCCGCUGGUCUCCUCGCCCAUGGACACAGUCACCGAGGCCAGCAUGGCCAUCGCCAUGGCGCUGACCGGAGGAAUUGGGUUCAUCCACCACAACUGCACCCCGGAGUUCCAGGCCAACGAAGUGCGGAAGGUGAAGAAAUACGAGCAAGGAUUCAUCACAGACCCCGUGGUGCUGAGCCCCAGUGACCGAGUGCGAGAUGUGUUUGAAGCAAAAGCUCGUCAUGGAUUUUGUGGGAUUCCCAUCACGGACAAUGGGAAGAUGGGGGGCAAGCUGGUUGGGAUCAUCUCGUCCAGAGAUAUUGAUUUCCUGAAAGAGUCAGAGCAUGACCUGCCCCUCGGUGAGAUUAUGACAAAGCGAGAGGAUCUUGUUGUGGCCCCAGCUGGUGUAAUGUUGAAAGAAGCAAAUGAAAUUCUGCAAAGGAGUAAAAAAGGCAAGCUGCCAAUUGUUAAUGAAGAUGACGAGCUGGUGGCUAUCAUUGCCCGCACUGAUCUCAAGAAGAAUAGGGACUACCCUCUGGCUUCUAAGGACUCCAAGAAGCAGCUGCUCUGUGGUGCUGCUAUUGGGACCCACGAAGAUGACAAGUACCGGCUGGAUCUGCUGGUGCAGGCUGGCGUGGACGCCGUCGUGCUGGAUUCCUCUCAGGGGAAUUCAAUCUUCCAGAUCAAGAUGAUAAAAUACAUUAAGGAGAAGUAUCCAAACCUACAAGUUAUUGGAGGAAAUGUGGUGACUGCGGCUCAGGCCAAGAACCUCAUUGACGCGGGGGUUGAUGCCCUGAGGGUCGGGAUGGGCAGUGGUUCCAUCUGCAUCACGCAGGAAGCUGCUCCAAAGAUCCCUCCAGACCUAAAGUCCCACAGCCCCAAAUGCCCUUCUACUGUCACGGGCACCUAUAUGCUGGCGUGCGGCCGUCCCCAGGCCACGGCGGUGUACAAGGUGUCCGAGUACGCCAGGAGGUUCAGCGUGCCCGUCAUCGCCGAUGGAGGCAUCCAGACAGUUGGGCACAUCGCCAAAGCCCUGGCACUUGGGGCCUCCACAGUGAUGAUGGGCUCUCUCCUGGCUGCCACCACGGAGGCCCCAGGCGAGUACUUCUUCUCGGAUGGCAUCAGGCUGAAGAAAUACCGUGGCAUGGGCUCCCUAGAUGCCAUGGACAAGAACUUGGGAAGCCAGAAUCGGUAUUUCAGUGAGACAGACAAAAUUAAAGUGGCCCAGGGAGUCUCCGGUGCAGUGCAAGACAAGGGCUCUAUCCAUAAAUUCAUUCCAUAUCUAAUUGCUGGGAUCCAGCAUUCCUGCCAGGAUAUUGGUGCCAAGAGCUUGACCCAACUCCGAGCCAUGAUGUACUCAGGAGAGCUGAAAUUUGAGAAGAGGACAAUGUCUGCCCAGGUUGAAGGAGGAGUGCACGGCCUCCACUCGUAUGAGAAGCGCCUCUUCUGAAGGAGAUGAGUCUGUGUCUGUCCUUGUGCCACCCAGCCCCGUGCUGCUCUGCACGGGAGCUGCUCGUGCUGCAGAAGUGCCAUUAUCCUGGGCUGCCUGGAGCUCCCGCUUUCCCUUGGCUGCUUUCUGACCACCCGCGGGGCCCACCUUCCACCUGGGAGCUGUGAUCCUGGGCUGGAGCCUUGCACAUGUUGCCCAUGUUUUACAAUAAAAAGAAUGAAAAGAUG